AUGGAAGGGAAAGUAUCCACCGCCGACCAAAGACAAGCCGUUGCUGCUAAGAAGCCGACCAAGGCCGAGAUUGAGAAGAAACGCCACGAAGAAAUCAAGGCGAUUCGUGUUGAGUUAGUGAAGCGAGCCAUCGCACAUCGCAAAGAGAGACUCACCAAGGACAGAGCCAUUGCUAAGGCCAAGAAGGAAGCGAUGAUCAACGGUGAUUUGUAUGCCGAAGCGGAACAGAAAUUGAUUGUUGCGAUCAGAAUCAGAGGUAUUAACAACGUCUCCCCAAAGAUUAGAAAGACACUCAAAUUGUUGAAAUUGAGACAAAUCAACAACGCCGUCUUCAUUCGCGCAAAUGCUUCGACACUUAAGAUGUUGAAAAUCGUCGAGCCAUACAUCACUUACGGAUAUCCAUCAUUGAAGACUGUUUCUGACCUUAUCUACGCUAGAGGCGCUUUGAAGAUGAAGGGCGACAGACAGAAAAUCACUUCAAACGAGUUAGUCAAAAAAGUCUUUGACAAGAGAGCUGAUAUCGUUUGUGUCGAAGAUAUCGUCCACGAGAUCUUCACCGUCGGAAAGAACUUCAAGCUCGUCAACUCGGCUUUGGCUCCUUUCAAAUUGAACAACCAGAAGGGUAAACUCGCUAGAAAGAACAAGAAGAUCCACUUCAUCUUGGGCGGCGCUUUUGGUAAUCGUGAAACUAUGAUCAACAAGCUCCUCAGAACUAUGAUCUAA